UUUAUUUUGCGUGGAAAAUUAAAACAAAAUGGCGGAAUUAAGGAGUGAAAUAUUGAAGGAAAUUGAACAGAACUCCGUUGAUUUUGCAGAUGUUAUGACGAAAUUGGAACAACUACAUCCCUCCGAGGCCUUAACGAUAAAUGCUCAAGUUAAAUUGAUUACGGAGUUAGCAAAUUGUCCAAAAUUUAAGCCUCAGAAUUCAAUAGAUGCUGAGCAAAGACUGAACGGGCUAUUGAGAUAUUUACCUUCGGAAAAUUACAUCGUUCGUUCGCUGGCAUGUAGUUUAAUGAAAAUAUUUUGUGAUUUUCUCGACGUGAGCGGUCAACAUAUUGCAACACAAGGUAUGAAUUUGGGUAUGAAUUCAAUCACAAUAUGUCAAUAUUGAUUCUAUAUUAUAUGUAUUGCUAUCCGAGUUAAUAAUAGCGUCAUCAAUUUUGCGUCUCGAUAUCUGCAUUGAGCCAAAAUGGACCCUAGAACUGGCAUUUUCAUACUCAAGUUAGUCUACAACCAAAAUGUCACGUUGUUUAAAUUAAUUGGACGAUUUAAGAUAACGAGGUACAACGUUUUGAAUAUUUAGUUUUUUUGCAAACGUUUGACUGGGAUUUGCUACAGCAUGGAAAAUGUUUCCCUCUGUAGAAAAUCCCAGUCAAAUGUAUAACUCGCGAGUCAGUUUCCGCAUGAAAAAUUCAAUUCUGGGGACUGGGCUGUAUUUUCCCCAAAUAUGAAGAUGAAAAAUUUGUCAUAAAGUACUGAUUUGUUUCUUAUAUAGUUAUGAUUUCCUGUAAAAAUCUGUUAACAAUAAUAACUAAAACUGAAGACAAAAGUAACUAUGGGUAAGGACUAAGCCAAGGAACUUAUGCAGGGUAUUAUAAGUCAGUAUAAGCUUACCAUUCUCAAAUUUGCUUCAUAGCCAUUCAACUAUCAUUUUUGGAUAAUGAAAUUGUUGAUUGUUAUGUAUUAUUUUCAGACUAACCAUUUGCCAGAGUAUUGCUCUUUCAUCUAUGUGUUCCAUUGCGACUGAGUGGUCAUGUAAACUUGCACAACUGAAUCAAUGGUUUCCUUUAGCUCUCCUCUCUUUAAACACUGUCUUCGGUGUCCUACUAAACAACAAAAUGCACUCCUUCAUACAACAGGUAAAUACACAAGUUGACCAGAGCAAAUAUAAUUUUACAAUUUAAAUACUCAGCCUCUCUAAUACUGACACCCCAAACAGAAAGAGUAAAGUAUCGCUGCUAUAGCGAGGUGCCCGUGUCAUUAUGAUGACGUAACUUUUAAAACUUCACUGACACUAUUUAAGUGUUCAGCAAAUAAACCGAGUGUCUUUUAAAAAAAGCCUUGUUGAAACGAUUCCGUAAUGGUGCGAGAAUUACGUGUUCAAUGAUCGCCCGUAUUUGUCAAACGUUACACAAUGUUGUAUGGAAAUUUUAGACAAAGUCAAACCCGAUCCAACCGCCUUCCAAAUCAUUUUCCAAAUCAGCUAACAUUACCCAACAUACUGUACAAUAACUGUACUGAAUGAAUAACUGUUUUCGAUGAUUGAAACGAACUACAGUGGGAAAAUUACAAUAUGAUCAUCAUCAUGAUCACGGUGUUAAACAACUUAACGACGAGGUUAAAUUUAUGCGUACGGUUAGAAAGGGUCAAUGUUAUAUACUAGGUUUUUUUCAAAGAAAAUGUAUGAGGAUUUUGUCGGGAAAUGGAGGAUGUCCAAAAUAGCGAGGCAUCUGUAAUAGAGAGUUGAAAAUACGGAAAUUGUACAGUAUACAGUAUUUCCUUUAAAACUACUGUUCCAUAUAAAACUACUUCCACAUAAAACUGCUGUUCUUUGUGUUUUGUCAAUUGUCAGGUGGCUGCAGAAGGUUUAAAGAGGACCCUGAAUAUUCCAAAUUUCUGGUCCAGCCUCACAAACACAGAACGAAUCGAUACAUUGUCACAUAUAAAACAACUUUUUGAUAUUUGGAUAUCAAAACGGGAUGCCUUCAUAUUAAUCAAAUUACUUCAAACCGCUGCCAAUAAAGCCGUGGCCUGGUCAGCUUGUCAGUCCAGAUAUCUAAAAUAUUUUCUCCAAGUUUGUGUAAAGUGCCUGCCAGAAAUGAAAGAGUCUGAAUUAGGUAUGAUUUAG